AUGUUCUACUCCGAGACCCUCCUCAACAAGAGCGGGCCGCUCGCCCGCGUUUGGCUCUCGGCCAACCUGGAACGCAAACUAUCGAAGAAUCACAUCCUGCAAUCCAACGUGACCGACAGUGUCGAAGCCAUCAUCACGCCAAACCAGGCCCCCAUGGCGCUGCGGCUGAGCGGUCAGCUUUUGCUCGGUGUGGUCAGGAUAUACCAACGCAAAACGCGUUACUUGCUCGACGAUUGCAAUGAGGCGAUGAUGAAAAUCAAGAUGGCGUUUCGAUCCACAGGCAACAAUGACAUGGCCGCGAGCAUGCAGGUUGCUAAUCGCGAGGCGUUGCUGCUCCCGGACAAAAUCACACCCUACGACAACCUCGAGCUUCCUCCUCCGCCCGAUGCGUCGUGGCUUUUGUCGCAGAUGGAUGAUGUGACGGCAACCCCUGUCGGCCGCAAGGGUCGCAUCAGCAACCGUGAUAUCAAUCUUCAAGAGGAUUUCGACAACAGCCAGUUCUUGCAGGCAGGCAACGGCCUUGACGAGGACGACCUUGCCCCGAUGGACGAUCUUGAUCUCGAGCUUGAUUUCGGCAUCGACAUGGACGGCGGCCCCAGCCAGAGCAUCGAAAUGGGCCGAGACGCGCCUGCGCCGCGUGACGUGGAAGAUGAUGUCUUCAGCGAACUCGAUCUCAUGCCGCGCAACGGCAAAGAUGAUUCACGCGCCAUGGAGUUUGGCGAGGACGGUGUUCGGAUAGCUGACGGAGAGGGUGAUAUUCCCAUGGGUGAUGACGACUUCGGCUUCCAUGUUGACGACCAGUCUGCCAUGCCCGAGCUGGCAGGUGCUGUCGACAUCAACCGCGCGAGAAUAUCCGAGUCCCCCCUGUCCGACAUUGAUGAGGCUCUAGCGCGAGAAGUAGAGCAGGAAUACUCUCGGCAUAAUCACACCGACCUGUACGAGCCUCAGGAGGAUGCCGAAACAACCCUAGUUGGGCGACCGGCACAACGCGCCAAAAGACAAAAGAUUAUGGUCCCCGAUAGCGAGAUUUCGCUGUCAAGCAGUCACAUCAAGCAACAACAAGCCGACAGGCACAACAUCAUCAAGCCUGCCGCAUUUUUGCCUCGCGAUCCGUUCCUCCUGGCGUUGAUGGAAAUGCAAAAGAACGGUGGUUUUGUUUCAUCCAUCAUGUCGGAAGGGCGGAGCUCCGCGUGGGCUCCCGAGCUUCGCGGCAUGCUGUCCUUGGAUUCUGUUCGCGGCUUGACCGAGCUGAAGCGGAAGCGGGAUAGCGGCAUUGCCGACGUUGAAAGCGACCAGGGUGCUAUGAAGUCGCCACGCCUCGAGCUUGGAGACGACACUGACUUUGGUUUGGACGAUGCUGGCUUCGGAAAUCAGAGUGUGGCCGCCGACGGCACGAUUUUGGAAAUCCCCGCCGACGACGACGAUCACCGGGACCGGGAUGCGAGCAGCCCGAUGCCUGCCUUCGACGAUACCACUGCACCCCUCGUGCACCCGGCUGACAGCGGGCCAGUGUCUGUCGGCACAAAACAUGCCGUCCAUAUCCUGCGCGACCUCUUUGGCUCUGAGGCCGCGACGAACGCCGAUCUGAGAAACACUUCGGCAGUCGUCUUCCAGACCUUGCUGCCUGAGAAGAGGACGACAAAAGCUGAAGCAACCAAGAUGUUCUUUGAGUGCCUGGUUCUCGCCACAAAAGAUGCCAUCAAGGUGGAGCAGGGUCCUGAGCUUGGAGCUCCCAUCCGCGUACGAGGAAAGCGAGGCCUUUGGGGAGCCUGGGCGGAGCGCGAGGCCGGCGGCGAGAUAUCACAUCAGGACGAGACCGAGCCUGAGCAGGGGGCUGAACCUGCCCACGAGGCUGAGAGCGAUGCCGAAAGCGAGCGUGAAGCUGAGCCCGACCAUGCAGCCAUCAGAGUGCCUGCUGUCUCCGUGGAGGCAUGA